UUUAUGAUGAUAUCAUUUAUCUUUAAAUUACACAUGUUAUCUUCGUUUAUUCAGUGUAUGUAUAAUAUAUAUUGUAGGAAUAAUUGCAUCCUUAUUAGAAAAUUAGGUAUAAGAAAUUGUAGAUUAUUAGCAGAAUGCAAGAGAUAUAAUGAUCUUUUUAUUAGAGUUUUUAUAAAAGAUAUACCACAUAAUGAAGCGUGAGAAAAAAAAGAUAUAUAUUAUAAUAAAAAAGGCAUUAUGACAAAGAAAAAACAAACGUAUAGAAAUACAUUAAAUUAUAUUAGUGAGAACAAAAAAACUACGAAAAAUAAAUCUUGCAUAUUUGAAACAAAAUAAUAUACUCAUUUAGAGAAAAAAAUAUUUAAAGAACUUGACUAUAACAGUUUUCUUAAAAAUAACAAAGCAGUGAGUGAUAGGAUUUAUAAAAAAAUAAUAUUUAAAAAGUGCGGACUGCAGGUUCUUUUACCUUCCUUGCUGUUUUUGUUUUUCUUGAUAGUAUUCAUAGUAGAAUUAGUACUAGGAUUGUCAGGUAAAGAUUGUUUAUUGUCUUACUUCGGUUUGAAAAAAACUCAUUUAGAAAAAUUAGUAAAUUAUAGUGAGGGACCAUUAUAUACAUUUGUAAGUGUGUUGAAAAAGAUAACUGGUUUUUGGAAGAACUCGGAAAGUUUGGGUUCUGGGGCUACAUGUACGUUGUGCAGUGGUACAACACUUACUGAUGCGUGCAUAUUAGGUCAAGUGUUCCGUAUUUUAAUAUAUAUGGUACCGUUCGUUAUAUUAGGUAUCACAAUUAUAUAGUGAGUUUUUCAUUAUCAUAAAAACGUUAAGAAAUAUGAAAAAAUUAAGUUAGAAAAAGUAAAAUAUGUAGUAAAUAAUAUGUCUCUUUUUAUAAAAUCAUUUCUAGUGUGGAAUAAUAAGAGUAACAUAUUUAGUUAUAUGCUUAUUAAAGGUUCCUACAGUUUAUUAUUUUUUUAUUUUUGUACACAGAUUCUCGUGAUCUUUUUGGUAAACAAAGUAAGAAAUUAUGACUUAGUUUUUUUUGUAAAUUAA